AUGGUCACCGACAAGCUGGAGGAAGCGGCGGCGGGGCAUCCGCCGGAGGCAGAGAAGCGCCGUGGGGUGGCUGGGCCUGGGGCCGCCACGGUGCUGGUCCUCGUCGCGCUGCCACUGGUUCUUGUGUCCUUCUUCUUCGGCGACCAGACCGCCUCCAUCGCUGCCGACUCCCUGGCCCGUCUCCACCGCUUCAAAGAAUCGUCGCCGGCGGCGGCGGACCGGCUCCUCGGCGGGCUGCUCUCGCCGGACUUCGACGAGGCGGCGUGCCGCAGCCGGUACGAGGCCUCCAGGCGAUGGAAGCCGUCGCCGUUCCCGGCCUCCCCUUACCUGGUCGAGAGGCUGAGGCGGUACGAGGCCAACCACCGGCGGUGCGGGCCCGGCACCGCGCGGUACCGGGAGGCUGUCGCGCAGCUCCGGUCCGGCCGCAACGCCGACGCCGACGCCGACAACCACGGCGAGUGCAGGUACGUGGUGUGGCUCCCCAUCCAGGGCCUCGGCAACAGGAUGCUCAGCCUCGCCUCCACCUUCCUCUACGCGCUCCUCACCGCCCGCGUCGUGCUCGUCCAUGAGCCGCCGGAGAUGGAGGGUCUCUUCUGCGAGCCAUUCCCCGGGACCUCGUGGCUGCUGCCACCGGACUUCCCCUACAAGGCCGGGUUCUCCGCCGGGUCAAACGAGAGCUACUUGAACAUGCUCAAGAACGGCGUCGUUCGGUACGACGACGACGGUGGCGGCGGCGGCGGCGGCGCUCUGCCACCUUACGUGUACUUCCACCUGGAGCAGAUACAUCUCCGGUUGCAGAACCACACGUUCUGCGAGGAGGACCACCGGGUGCUCGACCGGUUCAACUGGAUGGUGCUCAGGUCUGACAGCUACUUCGCCGUGGCGCUCUUCCUCGUGCCGGCGUACCGUGCGGAGCUCGACCGGAUGUUCCCGGCGAAGGGGUCGUUGUUCCACCACCUCGGCAGGUACCUCUUCCACCCGGGCAACCGCGCGUGGGGCAUCGUCGAGAGGUUCUACGACGGGUACCUCGCCGGCGCCGACGAGCGUCUCGGCCUCCAGGUCCGCAUUGUGCCGGAGAUGGCUGUCCCGUUCGACGUCAUGUACGAGCAGAUCCUCCGGUGCACGUGGGAGCACGAUCUUCUUCCCCAGGUGACGAACACCAGCGAACCGGGCGGCGCCCGCCCGCCGUCGACGAAGGUGAAGGCCGUCCUGGUGGUGUCGCUGAAGCGGAGGUACUACGAGAAGCUGCACGGCGUGUACUACACGAACGCCACGGCGACCGGCGAGGUGGUGGCGGUGUACCAGCCGAGCCACGACGGGCACCAGCGCACGGAGGCGCGGGCGCACAACGAGCGCGCCCUGGCGGAGAUCUACCUGCUGAGCUUCUCCGACACGCUGGUGACCACGGCGUGGUCGACGUUCGGGUACGUCGCGCACGCGCUCGCCGGGCUGCGGCCAUGGCAGCUGGCGCCGCUGGACUGGGCCAAGAUGAGGGCCGACGUGGCGUGCGUGCGGCCGGCGUCGGUGGAGCCGUGCCUGCAUUCGCCGCCGUCGCUCGCCUGCCGGCGCCAGGACGCCGACCCGGUGGCGCAUGUGCCGUUCGUGCGACACUGCGAGGAUGUACAUGCCGGUCUCAAGCUGUUCGAUUGAGCUGCUUCAUUUUUUCUCUUUUCUUUUUGGAAAAAAAUAUGAACUUUUUUGGGCUUUCGAUCCCAUAAUAGUAAAUUCUUUUAUGCCUCCUCUAGAACACGAUGAAUUUCAAAGGAAUUUUGAUUUUCGAAGGAAUCGAAUUAGAUCCUGAAAAACUCAUUCCUUCCUAAGGAGCCCUUAAGCUGGAACGGAACCUAAGCAAGAGGUAGGUUCGCAAAAUUCAAGAACUUCACAGGAUUUCCUGUUCCAGUGUUCCAGCACCAAAUCCUGUCAGAAUUAUCCAUUGAUGUUCUUGCAAAUAUAAUCUAAA